UUAGCAAGCAAGCGUUUUGUUUAAUUUCUAUGUGAAAGGGUUUCUUCUUUUCUGGAGACAACAGGUUAUUUAAUAAUUACAAUUGGCCUACUGACAUAAUAAUAAUAGGCUAUUCAAUAUCUAAAUCUAGUCUAGAUCUAAACAUUAUUAGUUAGGUUUUGAGUUGGCCUAGGAAAAUGCCGAGUUUAAAAUUGAUUGAGCCAAAUGCGCUGUACAACCUGCUGCAGCAAGGAAGAAACUACUCAUGUCUAAGUGACAUUAAUUAUCUGCUUUUAAUCGAUGCCAGAAAAAAAAGUGAGUACAAUGAAAGUCAUGUAGUUACUGCAAAAAAUGCACCAAGGAAUGAUAAAUCAUCAUUUAUGAUUCCAUAUGAUGCUGAGCUUGAGUGUAAAAAACAUGUUGUCGUGUACGACAGUAAUACAUCAGAUCUUGUGGGAUUAACACCAGCCUUUGAAUGUGCUCAGGUGAUCUGGAGUGCUGGAAGUCGAAAUCCAGUCAUGAUACUCAAAGGUGGUUAUGAAGAAUUUUCAGCCUUGUAUCCUUUCUUAAGAACACAAAAAAUAAUUUAUACACCUAGGGAAUUGGAUGAAAUCAAACCAUACCCAGUUGAGAUUAUACAGGGCUUACUUUACAUGGGAAAUUGGCAACAUGGGAAUGCACCUUACAUUCAAAAAGAUCUCAAGAUUCGAGGACACAUUAACUGUUGUGUGGAAGCAGAAACUUACUUUCCUGAACCAGGCCCCCAUCUUCUCCAUAUUCAAGUGGAGGAUGAAAAUGAUGCUGACUUGCACAGUUAUUUUAAACCUGCAUGUGACUUUAAAGACUUUCAUUUUGAGGAAGAAUUUCCAGUUUUGGUUUUUGGAAACCUUGGGAUCAGCCGUCCUGUUACAAUAGUUAUUGCUAUUUUGAUUCAGCAUUUUAGGUGGACAUUGAAAGAGGCUUAUGAACAUGUGUUUAAAUGUAAUCAGUCUAUGAGACCUAACCGAGGUUUCAUUGAACAGCUUUCCAAAUGGGAAGAGGAUAUACUUGGAAGCAAACAAACUGAUAUUGAUGAUCCUAAUUUAUAAGGAAAUUUGUAUUUUAUAUUAAGUUUUGCACUAUACACAUCUACCUUGUUUAAUUAGAUGCCAUUUUAUGACCAACAUUAUUUAAAAAUUUAAACACACAUCAAAUUUUGUUGACAUUGUUUUUUAGCUGAAAAAUGAGCUGUUUUUGAAAAUUGUGUGAUGUAAAAUGUAGCUUCUAUUAAUAAAUUAGAUGUUCAUUUUUGGCAAUAGGUCCUAUUUCUAGGUCCUAAUUUCUGUUUUUUAAAACAAAUUAGUAAUUGCCUUACAAACUUAUUUUGAACUGGCCAGUUAUAAAAUGCAUUUUAGCUAGCUAUUACAUUAAAAAUAGAAUAUAUAGGUUAUCAAAAUAUUUAGAUUUUAAAAACUAUUUAUCUUAAGUAACUUUCUCAGACGACACUAGGCACCAACUGCCUAGAUGAUAAAUGAUACACUUCAUCAAUUUUAGAGUUCUUAAGGGAUUUUGAUUGUUUUUGGAGCCAAGUUAACAAAGCUUAAAAAAUAAUAGUUACGCAAAAUGUUUCCUUCCUCUUUAUAAUUAAUUCUGGCGCAACAUAGAAAAAAUGUAAUUAUCAUCACUGUAACAUUCUAUUAAAACUUUUGUUGUGUAUGAUAAAUAUGUCUGGUCAUAAAUUUUCUAUUACAUUAUGCUGUAAGCAUGCUUCACACAUUCAAAUAAAACAGACAAACGUUUUCAAAACUUAUGACAUUGAAGAAAUCAAUGAACUCCAUAAAAACACAAUUUUUAUUUGUAUUCAGCUGAUUUUUAGUUGUACCUGUUGUUUUAAAGCACUUUUGUCCAUGAUGUGUGAGGAAAUAAACACUAAAGAAUAAUAGUGAAA